AUGUUCCUGACCGCCCUCCUCCGCCGCAAUCGCCUUCCUGGCAGACAGUGGAUCGGGAAGCACCGGCGGCCGCGGACCGUGUCUUUCCACGCGAAGGAGAGGAUGAUCCGUCGCCUGGAGGUCGAGGCGGAGAACCAUUACUGGCUGAGCAUGCCCUAUCUCACCGCGGAGCAGGAGUACGGCCACGCCGCGGAGCGCAGGGCGGCGGCCUUCGAGGCCAUCAAGGCGGCCAGCAUGUCCAAGUUCCCCCCCAGCAGAUUUGUGGUAGACCAGCUCGACCAUCUCAAUGUCUCCAAGAAGUGGUCCUAACCCGGAGCCACCACCUUUCAGUUGGACGGAUCACAGGGCUGCCACCUCUUGACCCGAUUCUGGAACCGAAAAACUAACCUCUGGGGGAAAAAAUGAGCAUUUGGACCAGCCUUGUUGAACAGCAGGCAUGAGUGUAGUGGUCUCAUAUAGCAUAUCUGGGGCUCCAAACUCUUCAAUGCUUCAUAGUCCUGUCUAGUCCAGUCUCUGUCCUGUUGUUUCCUUUUCCGUUUCCCUGAUGGGAAGAUACAAGAGAUUUCCUAGGUCACAGAGGAUAUAAAAUGUAUUUUGGAUGAAAGCUUCCAAAAAACCUGCAAACUGUGGUUUGGAAUCUGUGCUUAAGUAUGAGGUACUUGAUGGGGGUUUACCUUUCUUCAAAAGAAUAAUUGCCUAAACAUAAUUUAAAAAAAAAGUUUUUUCAGUUACACAUACUCCUGCAAAUAGCAUUUUCUUCUGGGAUUGCUAAAAGACAUUUAAAUAAAGUAAAAGGUACUCAUCAGAACUGUUACAUGAAGUUUUAUUUUAAAAACCUCUUUUGAGGUACCUGGGUGGCGCAAUCGGUUAAGCCGGUCUAACUCUUGGUUUCCCGAGAUGGUGAUCUCAGGGUUGGUGAGAUCCAGCCCUGCAUAGGGCUCCAUGCUCUGGGGGAAUCUGCUUAAGAUUCUCCCUCUGCCCCUCCCCCCACCUCAAAUAAAUAAAUCUUUAAAAAUAAAAAAAAAUUUUUUAAAAACCUUUCUGGGAUGUAAUAAUGAACCUUACAGUCCACCAGUUGAAGAUGUUUGUUUUUUCAAACCUUUUUCAGAAUGUAAUAGUCAAGCACUUUACAGGUGUUACCAGAUACAGUAAUCCUAUCACCUGGGGCUAUUUUACAUGUGAGGAAAUAUUUAAGAAACUUGUCCAUAAUCAUACCCAAUAAUGAAUGUGACUUGGAUUUCAGUUUCUGUAUAAUCUAGAAAUCGUAACUGCUAUGUAUGUAUAUAUUUAAUAGAACAUUUUCAAAACACGUAGAAGAAAAAUAAUUCAAUCCCAUUACCCAGAGAUGAAACAUAUAUUGAGUCUAUAUGGAUAAAUAGAAUUUAGAGCUAAAAACUCUAACAUUUAAAGAUCGUGAUGCGUAUUGCCAGUGGCUUUCCAGAAAGAUUGUAAAACAGCAAGAUCAAUGUAUGAGAGUGCCAAUCUCAUUUGCCAGCAUUGACUGUUACCUUCAUUAAUAUGAAUGAUUCGUGAUUUACAUUUAAAUAUCUGCCAUUGGGAUGUAUAGGCUUUGGUGCACAUACUAGUUUUUUUUUUUUUUUUUGAUUCAUUGCACCUGAAAAGUACCUGCCACAUGAUAGUUGAAUGCUUAACCAAGCUGAACUGUUCUUAAUAUGUCAUUCUUAGUGGUGUAUAAAUACUUGUUGAAUGCUUUUUGUAGUUUACAGAAAUGUCUCUGAUUCAUAUGAGCAAUUUAGUUUGACCUUUUAUUUUCAUAUCUGGAAAUGGUGACAGCUGAUGCUGUUUAGGAGAAAGGUGAAGGAAGGGGGCUCAGGGGACCUGCUUAAAACUGUAACUAUGUUGCUUUGAUACUCAUGUAACUCAGAAACUGACUUUGGAGUUUGAAAAAGCAAUGGUUAACUUGAACCUUAAGGAAAAAGAUGCUAAAAUCUUAAGAGUCUGAAGAAACAGAAGGCAGUUCAUGAGAAGAGAGGUAUUUUAUCCCCACUAUACAGGUUAGAAACUGAAGCUCAGAAAUGUCAGCAACAUUCCCAUGUUCACACAGCUAACAAACAAUAAAGGUAGAAUUCAGGACUAGGUUUAUCUAAAGACCAUAUUCCAUUUUUUUUUUUUAAGAUUUUAUUUAUUUAUUUGAGAGAGAGAGACUGAGAGAGAGCGUGAAAGGGGGGAGGGUCGGAGGGAGAAGCAGACACCCCGCUGAGCAGGGAGCCUGAUGCGGGACUCGAUCCAGGGACUCCAGGAUCAUGACCUGAACUGAAGGCAGUCGCUUAACCGACUGAGCCACCCAGGUGCCCCCUGUUUUUCUUAUUAUUAUAUUGGGUUAUGGGUUUUGGGGAAGAAGACCAUAAAGGUGAAUUGCUGUUCUCAUCAUAUCAAAUCAAAUGUAUAUACAUUCAGUAUGAUUUAUCAUUGUUGAUACUGACCUUUCUCACUUGGCUGAGGGAGUGCUUGCUAGAUUUGUCCAUGGGAAGGCUACUCUCCCCACUCACACCCGUGCAAUCCAUUUUGUACUCUUUUUUUUUUUUAAGAUUUUAUUUAUUUAUUUGAGAGAGAGAGAAUGAGAGAGAGCACAUGAGAGCGGGGAGGGUCAGAGGGAGAAGCAGACUCCCUGCCGAGCAGGGAGCCCGAUGUGGGACUCGAUCCCGGGACUCCAGGAUCAUGACCUGAGCCGAAGGCAGUCGCUUAACAAACUGAGCCACCCAGGCGCCCAAGACCAUAUUCAUUUUAAUAUAGUACACUAGCUGCUAUAGCUUGUUUUAAAUCACUUCUUGGCCAAAGCAAUACUGUUGAAACAGCUGACUUUUCUCCUUGAAACUCUACAACUGUUACCACCAUAGCCAUCAUAAAGUUAAUCUUUUUUAUCAACAACAGAGUCCAUUGCCACCCAGCUGAUUAUAAUUAUAUUGUAAUAAAAUAUGUGCCAACCUGUA